AUGGCUUCUGAAUCAAGAGGAGAUACAAGUGGGACUUUACUUCCUCAACGAGGCGCUCUUCUCGAGGAGCAGGCCGAUAUUCAGCAAGAACACCAAGUUCUGAAAGUACGGGAUCGUCUCCUCGAGUCGAAGUCAGCGCCGAUCAAUACACUGCCCGUGGAAAUCUUGGCCGAGAUACUCCUUUUCGUCCAAGCAUACGUAUUCGACUAUCCGCCUGAGAAGUAUGGGACGGCAUGUCACUGGAUCAACGUCUCGUGGGUCUGUGCUCACUGGCGAACCGUUGUGGUCUCCAACUCCUCGUUUUGGCGCACAAUCGCAGUGCGGCGCGGUCCGCAACUCCUUUCUCUCGCAUUGGAGCGCACGAUCCGGGGCCUUCCCUUCGCCAUCCUAUUCGAAAACGCAUCGUUUCCCUGGUCAUCCCUCCGGUCCAUACUCCAGGAUCGAGCCAAUGACGUUCGCACUGUUCGCUUCGAGCGAGUGGACCAGAAGUUCCGAAAGUCUUUCCCGAGCAUUUUCAGAGAUUGCCCGAUGCCUGCACUGGAGGAACUGGCUGUCUUCAGUUGCGACUCGCUCACAUGUGCGGCGUUGCCGCUCAAUCAAGAUGACUUCCCUGCCCUCCGCUCACUGUCCUUGUAUCUCCUGGACUGCCUCGCCAACAAUACCCUCCUCUCUCGCCUCCGCCAUUUGAAGAUGCACGAUAGCGGAUGGGAGGUCGAGUUCGGCGUUUUCUUGGACAUGCUGGAGGCGUGUACGCAGCUCGAAGAGCUGGACCUAGAGUUCGCACUGCCGCAAGUGGAAGACUUCCCUGCCGACGAGAUCCUUCGGGUUGCCGAUGGAUCCCGUAGGCCAACGGUCUCGCUACCUCGGGUGCGUACUGUGCGGCUUGAUCGACACCCCCCUGAAUGGACCGUCACUGUCCUACCCUAUCUUUGCUUCCCGAACGCAACCGAUAUAACGGUCAUCAGCGACGUGAGGUCGCCUAUGCGGUGCAGGGACGAUCCCGUGAACAUCGCCAGCAUGUUUCCCAAGGACCCUGCCGACACCUUCCCGGUCUUCAAAACGGUCACUUCAGUGGUUGUCGACGUCUACAACAACCUCUACGAGAUGCGCAUGCAGGGUCCUCAUGGUGCGACUGUACUGCUUUCGGCGGAUGACGGCGCGGCGCUCUGGCUGGAGGCCGAUGCUGCGUGCGCCGUCUUAGCGGUGCCUAGCAUCUGCCGCGGGGCGCCGAUCACCUCUCUGCGCUUCACGGGGGCGUUCACUAUCCUUCCUAAGCCGCUCCCCGGGCCCUCGAUAGCGUCGAUAGAUCCUGACGCACAGCGCUGGAUAACGCUCUUCACGACGUUCGGCUCUCUCGACACGCUGCAUCUCACUACGGGCGGGCUGUGCAGGGCGAUGUGGGAAGGGCUUUGGGCGGUAACUAACACCUCUGGCGAUCAGUGCUGCCCUUCCUUACGCUCGAUAAUCCUAGACCAGGAGAUCGUGAAUGGCUGGGAGUGCUAUUCAGACGAUGCCCUAGAAGACGACUUCGCUUCGAUGUGGAAGGCCCUCAUCCUCCGCGAACAGUUAGGCUUGCACCUCCACGCACUCACGCUGAAAGUGGGCGAGUACAAUGAUACCAUUGGGCUGGCCGACCAAAGAGACAUUUACUUCGAAAAGCUCAAGAGUUUGAUUACCAAUUUGGUGUUCCCAGAGCAUACUAUUCGAGUUCACGAAUACGACUCGGGCAAGACCGAAGACUAA